CUUAUUGCACAUAUCUAGAUCCAAAUUUAAAACAACGGCACUUCAUCGAAAAUAGUCGCGUUCUUUGUAGCGUGCUUCCUCUUUGCUGUACUUAUUGUUGUGAAUAAGACCUCAUUAAAGCGAAUUGGGGAAAUUAUAGUAAAAGUGGACUAUUGAAAUUAUUAAAAAUACUGCAGCACUAUAAUAUUUACUUUCAAAUUGCUGCAGUCGAAUUGGCGCGCACUCAACAAAAAUGACGCUCUCCGUGCUGGCGUCGUUUGACGAUCUGCGACGCUGCAUGCAGGUGCUGAACGAAGGCACAGCCGAGGAGGAAUUCCUCAGCUUUUUGCGCAUGUUUGAACAGUACCACGAGAAGUGCAACGGCUUCGCCACUCAAAAUGCGCGCCUGCAAACAGAACUGGACAAAUCGCUGGCCAAAAUGGGCGACCUGGAGGGCAAACUUUAUCACGCGCGUCGUAUUAUUGACACGGAAAUCAAAGCACGCCGCCAGGCAGAGCACGAGCGCGAUGCCAUGGAAAGUAAGAUAAUGGCCGUAGCCGAUUUGCUACGCCACGAACGCAAUCUGAACAAUGAGACGCGCGAUAAGCUAGCUUUUCUAAAUACUCUGCAUCCGGAGUCAACGCGCAAGCGUAAAUCCUUGAAUACAUUGCAUGAGGACAAGUCAUAUGGCGACAUUAAUUCGACGGGGUCUCUGCUCUCGGAUUUAUCCAUUACACAUUCCGAGGAUGAUUUUCUCGAUGUACGUCGCUCCAAGUCAUGGCGUGAACACCGUCCAUCUCUGCCCAAAAAUCCGGUUCCAUGUGUGGGCAACAAACGUUCGCGUCUGAGCACUGGCCACAAUAACAGCAAUUUGGGCACACCAACAGUUGGUACCGCCACCACUACCAGCACCACAACGCGUCGGUCGGGACAUGUGGAUCACCACACACUUGACGUCGGACAGGGCGCAGAGCGCUUUUGUGCCACCACCAAGGUUACCAUUCCACAGGAUGGGCAGGGUGUCAUACGUGCCGAAUCAACCAUUGAGUCGCUGCCUUUGAUUAUGAGUCAGGAGCGCGUUGCCGAUGUCCAGUCUACCUCAACGCCACGUCGUCGUUCGGCCGUCAAGGAGCCCACGGCACCACCGCUAACGCCACUCAAUGCCAUGGCUGUAGGCAUGUCGCCGGCACAACAGAAUCGCCUCAUGAUGCGAAAGCACAGCUUCAGCCAGAAGACCUUUUUGCGUGGCGACAACUGCGUCCAGUGCCAAAAGCGCAUUCGCUUUGGUUCGCUUGGAUUGCGGUGUCGUGACUGUCCGGUGCGCUGUCACAUUGACUGUCGCCAUCUGCUCACAGUCAGCUGUGUGCCGCAGUCGGGCACGCCCACAACAAAGACGGAGCUGCAUUACCUCAGCGAUUUUGCACCGGCGACUGCGCCAAUGAUACCGGCCCUGAUCGUGCACUGUGUUAAUGAGAUUGAGGCGCGUGGACUUGGUGAGGUUGGCCUCUAUCGCAUGUCGUCCUCGGAGCGCGAAUACAAGGCGCUGAAGGAACAAUUCCUACGCGGCAAGGUUACCCCACAUUUGGGCAACACAGACAUUUAUGUGCUUUGCUGUUGUGUGAAGGACUUUUUGCGCACAUUGCGCGAGCCGCUCAUACCCACUAGCCAGUGGAAGGACUUUGCCAAUGCUGUACAGAAUCCAGAUAACAAGUUGGCCGAACAGUUGCUCUAUAAGGCGGUGGAACAACUACCUCACGCUAACCGCGACACAAUGGCAUUCCUUAUGCUGCAUUUCCAGCGUAUAGCCGAAUGUCCAGUCGUGAUGAUGCCCAUUGAUAAUAUGUCCAAGAUAUUCGGUCCCACAAUUAUGGGCUAUUCAUCGCCUAAUCCAGAUCAGCAUGCUCUCUACACAGAGGUCUUUACGCAAACCCAAGUAAUGAAAGCGUUACUAGAGCUACCCGGCACCUUUUGGCAGCAAUAUCUUCCCUUAGAGCCAUCGCCACCAAUGGUUCCACCGGGCAGCGCGGUCAAGCGUGUGCCCAGCAGCACCCGAGAUCUUUUCUCGCUAUACGCUACCCCACUGAAGGGCACAAUGAAGAAGCGGAAAUGUAAUGCCACUCCUCCAAUGUCUGCGCAUAAGAAGUAAAGGACCAGCAUCCUCCGUCCGCUCGGUAUUACGUCUUAUGCAUCGCUGGCGUGCCUACUUAAAUCAACAAGUAUUUAAAUUUUUUUCAUUUGCUCGCGCUAAAUACGAGCGCUUAUAGUUUGACAAAACUGCUCUCUGAAAGUAAUUAUAUUU